AUGGUCGUCUACUCGUUCUUCAUCUUCGACCGACACGCGGAAUGCAUAUACCAGCGCCAAUGGUACCCGCGUGCGAGCGCAGUCGGCGGAGGAGGUAUCAAGGACUCGCACCCAUCUGACGGACCAGGAGCCCUCUCCAACGGCCUCUCCAAGGACACCCACAAGCCGGUCUCUACGGACACGCGACUGGUCUUCGGCGCCGUCUUCUCGCUGCGGAACAUGGUGCGGAAGCUAGGUGGUGAUGACGACAACUUUGUGUGCUACCGAACGGGCCAGUAUAAGCUACACUACUACGAGACGCCGACGAACCUGAAGUUUGUGAUGAUGACGGACACCAAGGCGAACAACAUGCGCCUGGCCCUGCACCAGAUAUACGUCAACCUCUACGUAGAAUACGUCGUCAAGAACCCUCUGUCCCCCGUCGAGCACCCUGGCGGCGUGGGCGUGUAUAACGAGCUCUUCGAAGAGUCACUGGAACAGUUUGUGACCCGAGUCCUGUCAUAG